AUGGCAACUCGCAAAAAAAUAUUAAUGUUGAGAAAAAGGUUAAACAACAACAACAAUUAUGAUAAUAAUGACGACUUGAACAAUGUCUUUAAUGAUAAUGAGGAUUUUAGUAAUAAUAAUAAAUUUUAUGGUAUAUGUGAAAAUGGUGGUGAUAUUGAUAGCAGUGAAAAUGAAACCAAUGAUAGAAAAAUGGUAACAACAAAUAUGGAAAUAGAUGAAAUCAAAAUUUUGAGAGAAUCUUCUUUACAUAAUAAUAAUCAGGAUAAUAAUAAUAGCAUUGAUAGUAAUAAAUACAAUAGUAAAAUUAAUAGUAAGAAAUAUGAUGGAUAUGAUAGAAAUCAGUAUUGGAAUUAUAAUGAAUAUUAUUUUUCUCAUGAUUUUGGAAUUUUUUCAGAUAAUGUUGAUGUAAAAAGGCCAGCAUUACCGAAGCAAAAUAAACCAACGAGUCAACAAACACCUUUACAUCAUCAACGUCAACAUCAACUUCAAGAAUCAACAAAAAUCAAACCACCAUCAACAGCAAUGCCAAUAUCAUCAAAAUCACAAAAAUCAUCAAAUGUUAUGCCUUAUAUUAUUAAUAAAGAUGAUUUGGCAUUCCGAAAUAAUGAAAUUGAUUCAAAGGGAAACUUGAAAAGGAAUAAAAGCUAUCCAUUAGAGAGACUAUAG